UUCCAUGGCAACAGGACGCCAUUUUGUGGAGGUGGCCCCCUGGCGCCUCAGUCUCGUCCUCUGUUCUUACUGGCCUUUCUCUCUCAACGCCGCUAUUCCAACAGCGCCACCUAUAGGCGGCGCAGGCGUAGAGCGCCCUCCGCUGCCCUUCAUCGCUCCGUCCCUCCAGGCGCCCUUUGGAAGGUCCAGCUCGCCAGGCAGAUCUCCAGGAGAGGCCUCUCCCCCCCACGCCGCUUCCUCUUGAUUUCAAAGUUCUGUUCAUUUCCCUUCUCUGUAAAGGAACAGAACCUAUAAUAUUAUCGGAGCAGAAAUGGGGAACAACUCUGGGAAAAUCCCUGCAGGCAAAGGCCCUUAUUCUGUGGGAUGUACAGACCUCAUGACUGGCCAUAAUAUUCAGGGAGUUUUUUUACGUCUGUAUUACCCUUCCCAAAAUGGAACAAGUAGUGAAGAAACAUUGUGGAUUCCUAAAAAAGAAUAUUAUUAUGGACUAGCUGAUUUUCUAAACAUACGUCGGACAUUAGGAGAGUUCAUUUUUGCUUGGUUUUUUGGCUCAGUGACAUGUCCUGCAAAAUGGAAUGCAGUGUUCAAGCCUGGAGAAAAAUACCCCCUCAUUAUUUUUUCCCAUGGACUUGGAGCAUUCAGGUAAUAUUGCAUUUUAGUAGUGUAGUAUAUCUCUGAAAGAAUGAAGCCAAUUUCUGAUACUUGAAUGUAUCCAGAUAAUA